AUGUUUGUGCUUUUCAUAAGCCUUUCUGGACUAGCAUUCUGCAUUGAUGUGGGAACAGCAGACAGAGUUUUGGCAAAAUCAAACGUGGGAGACCGGAAUUCCAUUACUAUCAACUCCGAAAGCGAUUCCUGUUCAUGCAACCAGUCGACUGAAAGCACUCCCAUAGAUCAAUGUUCCUGCACCGACAAAAAUAUCUGGAUAGAUGUGUAUUUUCUCAUCGACUCAUCUCAAGCUAUGACUGCUAAUGGAUUCAAUGAGGCCACCUCCUUUGCCGAAUCCGUGCUGUAUAAAUUGAACAUUGGACAAGCGGACGGCCAACGAACUCGUGCAGGUUUCAUCUCUUACUCGGCCAACGCAUAUAAAAACUACGACUUAACCGCAUUUCAAUCAUCCGAUGACAUGAUUGAUAAUUCUUACUUUACAUAUGAUGGCAACAAAGGGACAAAUAUUGAGUCUGCCAUCAAAUUAGCUUCAGAAAGCUUCGAAACAUCAUCGCAUCGAAAAAACGUACAGAAAGUUAUCGUAAUCGUUGCUUCAGCUUACGAAAGCGGAAAGUACGAUGACCCAACUAAAAUCGCCAAAUCAUUCAUUCAAGACGGCGGUUUCAUUAUCACCGUAGAAUAUUUGCAAGAGCACCUUAAUCCGGUACCUUUGUUGAAUACACUUUCCAGUGGACCGGAGUAUUCCUUCACAAACCGUUAUCGAAAUCUUACAACCGAACAAAUUCGACAAGCAUUCUGCAGAAUUAACUGCUUUUGUCCCACAAAUUAUUUGCCCUACAUGCAAGAUGAUGUUGUACCGACUGGUGGCUGCUAUAUAGCCGUUUCCAUACCUGUUAUCCAGACUCUUGCUGCCAAGGACUGUCCACGGUAUCACGAUGCCUAUCUCGUAAAAGUUGAAAGCAGAGCGAAAUCACAAUUUCUGAGCACAGUGUUUCCGUCAAAAACUAAAUUCUGGAUUGGUUUGAAAUACCUCGCCGCUACCGGUCUCUAUCAAUGGUCCGAUGGAACAUAUCUUUCGUCUUCUGAUUUCCAAAUGUGGGCUCCAGGUUAUCCUAAUGCUAACGCCGGCUACUGCGUCUACAUGUACCAGUAUACCGGAUUCAGCUAUGGAUGGUUCAACGACGAAUGCAGUGAUGAUCAAAACUACAUCUGCCAGAGUGUACCGUGCAGUGCCGACAAUUAUUGUGCCACAAGAGAUUAG